AAGCUCUAACACUUCUGCAGACCGAGUUCGGAGGCUCCAACCAUCCCGUGUCUCACUGAGUUCAUCUGCCCCAUGGCCAUCCCCACUGGCCAGAGCCCAGUACUCUGGGAACAGGACAGCUUCCUUCGGGUGAAGGUGAAAGAGGAGGAAGAAGCCAGCCUCUCCCACAGCCAAGGAUCCAGCCCUAGCUCUGCAGCCCAUCCCGAGGCUGCACGUCUGCGCUUCCGGCACUUCCGCUAUGAAGAGGCAUCCUGUCCCCAUCAGGCGCUGGCACAGCUUCGGGAGCUGUGUUGCCAGUGGCUGAAGCCAGAGUCGUCCUCCAAAGAACAGAUGCUGGAGUUGCUGGUACUGGAGCAAUUCCUGGGUGCACUGCCCCCCGAGAUCCAGGCCUGGGUGGGAGCUCAGUGCCCAAAGAGUGGAAAGGAGGCUGCCGUUCUGGUGGAGGCUCUCACUCAACUGCUGGACAAGAGAGGAUGGGGGCCAGGAGAGGAACAUGAAGAGGCAGUUUGCAAACAGAGCGGUACACAUGAGUUACAACCACCAGACAUGGCCACUGAAACACUCACAGCUGUUUCCCCCAAAUCCACCAUUGCCCACACUUGUAAACCUGAGAGCAGCUCUGAGAGCCAGCCAGACUUCCUAGGAGCCCUCUGGAUGAAGUCUGGGGCCCAAGAGAUGGAUUUCAGAAAAGACCUGGCGCUUCUUCACAUGGAUGCCCUCAAAGACCAGCCUGACCAUGAGUCUGAGGUCUCAGGGAACAGUUCCAACGUGUGGGCCAACUUCCCUUCCCAAGACAAGGCCUCUUCAGCAGAGAAAUUUGACCCAUCGUACAAUUAUGGGACAGUGCCUUCAGAUGUAUACUCGGGAAAGAAACUCCCCAAGUACGGUGAACGUAUGAGAACAUUCCAGAAUGCUUCAGCCCUGGAAGCCCACCAAAAGAGCCCCUCUCAGAAGAUGCCCUAUGCCUGUAUUGAGUGUGGGAAGGCCUUCAGCCGCAGCACCCACCUUGCCCAACACCAGGUUGUCCACACAGGAGCGAAGCCCCACGCAUGUAAAGAGUGUGGGAAAGCCUUCAGACGAGCCACCCACCUGACGCAGCACCAGCGCAUCCACACAGGGGAGAAGCCCUAUAAGUGUGACGAGUGUGGCAAAACCUUCAGCCGCAGCACCCACCUCACCCAACACCAGCGGGUCCACACGGGGGAGCGGCCUUAUGAGUGUGACAUGUGCGGCAAGGCCUUCAGCCAGAGCACCCACCUGACGCAGCACCAGCGCAUCCACACCGGGGAGAAGCCCUACAGGUGUGAGGUGUGUGGGAGAGCCUUCAGUGACUGCUCAGCUCUGGUCCGCCACCUGAGGAUCCACUCUGGAGAGAAGCCCUACCAGUGCAAGGAGUGCCCAAAGGCCUUUGCACAAAGCUCCUCCCUCAUUGAGCACCAGCGCACUCACACGGGAGAGAAGCCUUACAAAUGCAGUGACUGUGGGAAAGCCUUCAGCCGUAGCUCAGCUCUCAUGGUACACCUGAAGAUCCAUAUCACUGUGCUUCAGUGACCGGAAGCACCACAGCACAGCCUCCCCCAGAGGUUCGGCGUCUACGAAACCCUGAAUUCCACAGGAUCCCCACUGGUGGAUAACUGUGGCACCCAGUGUCUAAGGGCAGACUGGGAACACCUCUACAUGAGAGAUCCCAGGUGAAGUCCCCUAAUGAACACACAGAUUCAGACCAACUGGGGAAGCUUCUAGAAGCUUCCUACUGCCCUCUCUAUCCCACUCAGGCUGGUCCCAGAGAAAAGUAACCAGAGCAAGUAAAGCUGGCUCAGGUGACCCAAGAUCCUGUAGGUAGGAAGACCCAAGCUUCAUGCUUUCUCGUGGCUGCUGUUUGCCGGUUCCUGUACUGCUCAGCUUGGAAAGGGUGCCUGCCAGGCCCGCUCUGUGCCUUCCUACCUGCUUCCCCACCACAUUUAUAUAUGCCUAACUCCAAGACAGACUUGUGAGGCCGCCUCUCCCGUGAAGCCCUCUCCAUGGCAUCCUGCUCAUGUUUGUCCUGUUUUCAUCCACAGUGGUGCUGGAUGCUUGCCCGACACCGUCUUGUUCUCCCCCACCUUCCUUCCACAUCCCACAGACGCCAGCCCUGUGGGUUCACCUCAGGCUCAUCUCUAGCCCAGCCCUCCUGCAGCCUCGCCUUCUGUGAGCUGCCAUUGCCUCCCACUGGAUGUUUACCAGGGCUCUCCUUUCUCGCCCCUUCCCGUCUUCAUUCCAUCCCCACCCACUUCUUCCUGCUGCAGCUCUCCUUG